GGUACAAAACCCUCCCAAAACCUUCCCUAAACCUUGCCGCCAGCGCCGACUGAAUAGAACGGUGGCCGCCGGCGUUGCGAUAACCCAGAAAUACAAUCCAAUGCAUUUUCUCUCUCGUUCUCUUCUAAGGAGUAAUCUUUACUUCCACCAAUAUUGCAGAACCUUCUCGGACUCCGCCCCGACCAUCAAAUGUCUCAGGGACCGAGGCCUCGACCAUGCUGUGGAGCGGGAGAAGAACCUCAGACCGCUCCUCAACGUCAAGAACUUGAUCAAAUCGGAGCCGGCCAAGUCUCUCCCCAUCUCAAUCAUCGCCCAGCAUAAAGACUUUCUCGAGAUCCUCAUCCGUCCUAUCGAUUUCAUCCGGAGAUAUCCGUCAAUUUUUGAGGAGUUUCUUCCUGGAGGAAUUGGGAUCCACCCCCAUAUCAAGCUCACGCCGGAGGUGCUCAAUCUUGAUGCUGAAGAGCAGUUGGUUUACCAGAGUGAGUCUUACAAGCAAGAACUAGCUGAUAGGCUUUUGAAAUUGUUGAUGAUAUCUAGAAUCAAUAGGAUACCCUUAAGGGUUCUUGAUAUCUUGAAAUGGGAUUUGGGUCUUCCUCAAGAUUAUGUGAAAAAUCUUGUUCCAGAGUUUCCCGAUUAUUUUCGGGUCAUUGGUGGGAAAGAAUCCUCAUCUGGGUUAGAAGGGUUAGGGGAACUGGAGUUGGUUUGUUGGAGUAACAAGUUAGCAGUUUCAGUUUUAGAGAAGAAGGUAAUGAAUGGAGAAAAGGAUUGUUCAAAGGGGAUGCCUAUUGCAUUCCCUAUGAAGUUUUCAGAGGGAAUGGUGAUUGAUAAGAAGGCUAAGAAGUGGGUGGACGAGUGGCAGAAGUUGCCAUACGUGUCACCAUAUGAGAAUGCAGCUCAUCUUUCGCCUUCUAGUGAUGAAUCUGACAAGUGGGCUGCUGCAAUUUUGCAUGAGCUUUUGAACCUUUUCGUGGCAAAGAAGACAGAAAGGGAGAAUGUCUUGUGUCUUGGGGAGCAUUUGGGCAUAAGGUCAAGGUUUAAGAGAGUUUUGCUUCAUCAUCCGGGAAUCUUUUAUGUGUCUAGUAAGCUUGGGACAUAUACUGUGGUUCUUAGGGAGGCGUAUAAGAGGGGCUUGUUGAUGGAGAAUAAUCCGUUAAUGAGAAUUAGGAAUCAGUAUAUUCACCUGAUGCACAUGGUGAAGGAAGAUAAAGCUGUUGCUGUUUCUAGUGGAAACAAGCAGGAUAAGAAGCAGGACAAGGAGAUGAUUAAAAGGCCUGAAAAGGAAGAGAACGAUGUGGGUUUGAAUGACUUGUCUGGUUCUGAAAUUGAAGAUGCUAGUGAUGAUGAUGAUCAUGAGGAGGAGGAGGUGGAGAAGGAGGGUCAAAGAGGUACACAUGGAAAUGCCACAGUAAGAAGACGGAAAACAAAUGACACGAAGGUUUUGGGUUCAAAAGCAGGCUUGAGGAGCACUGAAGGAGAAAGGGUGAUCAGGAAACAUCGUGGCAUGAAUAAGGACAGAAUGGAGGAGGGGGAGUAUGAAAAUAGAGGUCAGCGAGGUUUACAUAAUGCGAGGGUAAGAGGAGGAAAAACAAAUAACUGGAAGAUUUCGGGUUCAAAAGCAGGUUUGAGAAACACUGAAGGAGAAAAUCAAAUGAGGAAACAUCGCAGGAUGGCUAAGGACAAAAUCCCACCUACAACUUCUAGAAGAACUGAAGUUCAUGGUGAACGCAAUACCCAUAGAAGCAGUGGGAGAUCAUUGACAGGGAAGAGGAGUGUCUAUUAACUGAGGAAUUAGUUUCAUCUUCUGGGACAACAUCUGAACAGAUUACCUCACCUCCGGCAAAAGAUAGUGAGGAUACAUCACAGGGUAAAUGAAUCUCUCUCAGUUUCUCUCUGCUAUUGGUGCAGAAUUUUUGUACAUGGAGAAUGCGUACUGGUUUCCUCAUUAGCUUUGAAGUUCCAAAAUUUUCUCCAAGAAUGUGGACUAGCAAAGUGUAUGCUGAGUUUCUGCACAGGGUUAAGAGCCAGGCCUUAAUUUUUUUUGUCUUUUUAAUUUCCCAGAAUACAGGGCCUUACUUAUU